AUGAUAUUCCUUGUGAACAACAUUCAGUGUUCUUGUGCAGGGCAAGAAGUUGUGAUAAUGCUGGGGAAAUUGAGCCAUUUCCUGUAUCCAUUGCUUGGUUUGAUUGCAGUAAUACUUGUAGUUCAUGGCCAGGAUCAAACAGGCUUCAUUAACAUAGACUGUGGGCUACCACCUAAUUCAAGCUAUAACGAGCAGAGAACAGGCUUGUUUUACAUUUCAGAUGCAACUGUUGUGGACACAGGUGAAAGUAAGCUCCUAUUGGUACAAGACAGAGGUCUCUACCCUCAAUAUGUUUGGUAUCUCAGAUACUUUCCUGAAGGAAUAAGAAAUUGUUUCACCAUAAAUGUAACAAGAGGCACCAAAUAUUUGAUCCGAGCAACGUUCUUUUAUGGGGAUUAUGAUGGCCAAAAUAAGGCAUCAGAGUUUGACCUGCAUCUUGGAUCUAACUUGUGGGAUACAGUAUAUUCAAACAACACAAUCAAGGAGAUCAUACAUGUCCCUUUGCAAAGCCAUAUACAAGUUUGUCUAGUCAAUACAGGCUCUGGGACGCCGUUUAUAUCAGUGAUAGAACUAAAGCCUCUGAAUAAUACACUUUACCCUACUCAAAUGGGGUCCUUAGCACUCUUCAGGCGGUAUGAUGCUGGUACAAUUACUAAUGUCACAUACAGGUAUAAAGAUGACGUUUAUGAUCGCUUCUGGUAUCCCCAUUAUUACAGUGCAUGGACACAAGUAACCACCUCACUUACCAUCGAACCUGAAAAUGAGACUGCCUACCAACCACCAUCCAUUGUCAUGAGUUCUGCGGCAGCGCCAAUUCAACAUACUUUGGAUAUUUGGUGGGUUCCCCCUGAUGAAAAUACCCAAUAUUAUGUGUACAUGCACUUUGCUGAAGUUGAAAAACUCCCAACCAACCAGUCUAGACGGUUGAGCAUUACUUGGAAUGGGAAGCCCUUCGUUACAAAACCUUUUUCUCUUAAGUACUUAACCACAACAACUGUGUAUACAAAAGAGGCUUUGAGUGGGGGACAGCAAAACUUUUCAAUCUCUCAGGUUGGAAACUCUACCCUUCCACCUAUCAUCAAUGCCUUUGAGAUUUAUACGGUCCUUGAGUUAUUGCAAGCAGAAACUAACCAAGAAGAUGUUGAGCCCAUCACAAACUUAAAGUUAACCUAUGGAGUGAAGAGAAAUUGGCAAGGUGAUCCAUGUGCUCCGAAAGAGUACUCGUGGGAAGGGUUAAACUGCAGCUAUGAUGGUUAUGAGCCCCCCAGAAUCAUAUCCUUGAACUUGUCCUCUAGUGGAUUAACUGGGGAAAUAGCUCCUUCUUUAUUCAAUCUCACAAUGCUACGGACUCUGGAUUUAUCAAACAACAAUUUGACAGGACCAGUGCCAGAAUUUGUGUCUCAAUUACCAAACUUAAAAAUCCUAAACUUGGAGAAAAACAAGCUCACAGGUUCAGUUCCAGCUGGACUAAUUCAAAAAUCAAAUGAUGGUUUGCUAUCAUUAAGCUUUUGUGAAAAUCAAAAUCUAACUGCACCGAUUUCCUGCGGCAAGGAUAAGAAGAAGAAGAAGAAGAAGGACAAUUUUGUUGUUCCAGUAGUAGUGUCAGUUGUAGGAAUUUUAAUCCUUAUAUUAACUGUAGCAGCUGUACUGUGGCGCCUCAAAAGGAAAAUAAAACAUGACGUAACUGAUUCAACACCAAGCAUUCAGCAAGGGCCACUGGAGCCAUCACAACGUCAAUUUACGUACUCUGAGGUACUCAAGAUCACCCAUAAUUUUGAGAGGAUUGUUGGUAGAGGUGGAUUUGGAACAGUUUAUCAUGGCUACAUAGAUGAUACUCAAGUAGCUGUGAAGGUGCUUUCACCUUCAUCAAUUCAAGGAUAUCAAGAAUUUCAUUCAGAGGUUAAUCUUCUCAUGAGAGUUCAUCACAGAAAUUUGACAAGCCUUGUCGGAUAUUGCAAGGAUGGAACCAAUACAGGGCUCAUCUAUGAAUACAUGGCCAAUGGAAACUUACACAAGCAUCUUUCAGAUAACACUUCAAAUAUAUUGAGUUGGGAAGACAGACUUCGAAUUGCAAUGGAUGCAGCAUAUGGAUUGGAGUAUCUACACUAUGGUUGUACACCACCUAUAAUUCACAGAGAUGUGAAAUCUACAAAUAUCUUGUUGAAUGAAAACUUUCAAGCCAAACUAUCUGACUUUGGCCUAUCAAGAAUAUUCCCUGCUGAUGAUGGCACUCAUGUAUGGACACGUGUUGCCGGAAUUCCUGGGUACCUUGACCCUGAGUACUACCUAUCAAACAUGUUAAAUGAGAAAAGUGAUGUGUAUAGCUUUGGGAUUGUGUUGUUGGAGAUUAUCACAAGCCGACCUGCUUUAUCAAAGACACAUGAGAAAAUUCAUAUUGGUCAAUGGGUUAGUUUCAUGGUUGAGAAAGGGGACAUUAGAAGUAUUGUCGAUUCAAGACUAGAAGGAAACUUCAAUAGCAACUCUGCCUGGAAAGCUGUUGAAGUAGCUUUGGCUUGUGUAUCUUUAAGUUCCACCAAAAGGCCAACAAUGAGUCAGGUAGUGACAGAGCUGAAAGAGUGCUUGGCUGCAGAGUUUGAUCGAAACAAGGAGAUCCGUGAUACUGAUUCAAACGAUUCAAAUGAACUGAUGUCAUUGAAAUUCACCACUGAGAUGAGGCCAUUAGCUAGGUAGUAGUACUUCUCUGUAAAAAUAAUGGGGUGUGGAAAAUUUCAUCUUGUGUGUUAAAGAAGCGUUCAUGCAGAUACAAGUUUCAUAUCAGAUCACGCUGAUAAUGUCUGCAUAUAUAAGAAUUAAACUUACUGGUUGCUCUAAGUACGACAGAAUUGGCGCGCUCCUCGGUCAAUUGUUGGAAGAACGGUUCUACUUGAAUCCGUUUAUUUGCUUAACUAGUCCUCUUAA